GUCGAGGGGAUUUCGAACCCUUUUAUACCUCACGCGACGCGAGGAUGAUCGUGACAGUCAAAUGAGUUUAGGGAACGUCAAAUGAGUUUAGGAGAAGUCAAAUGAAGACCGUCAGCUGAAGGGAGGAUAAGAACCUGUGGGAAGUGCUCCCAGCCAACCAACCAACCAGAUUCACCUUUGAUUCCCUUGAAUCCUUCCAUCCUCCCACAACGCUUUUCACAUCUACAGCUCAUCCCCAACGAUGGCUGCCACUCUUGCCGACGUCUUCUCCUGGAAGUCCUUUGCGGAGCUGCUCCAGAACGGCUACGACAACCUGCAGUUACCGAGCUCGGAUAACACCUCCCUCUUCCUUGACUUCAUCGUUUACCAUGCCACUUCAGAUCCCCUCAUCUUUGCCAUCAGGGCUUCGCUCCUCUUCGCCUUCAUCUGCUGGUUCCAGUCAAUGGCUACAGGAACACAUUCCUGGGUCGACAGACUGUGGUCAAUUGUCCCGGUCCUCUACACCGUCCACUACUCGGUCCGUGACAUGCUCUACUGGCCCAAGGGCGAACCCUUCGACUACACUCCCCGUGUCUACAUCGCCACCGUUCUAAUCCUUGCCUGGGGCGCGCGAUUGACCUACAACUUUUAUCGCAAGGGAGGCUACGCCUUCGACAGCGAAGACUACCGCUGGCCCUACCUCGGAUCAAAGAUCCCAUCGGGCAUCUGGUUCUUCUUCAACGUCUUCUUUAUCUGUCUUUUCCAGAACCUGCUGCUCGUCGCCAUCACCGCGCCUGUCUACACCGCAUGGAGGACGACCUUUGUUGAGACCACGCCAUUGAACUGGAUCGACGCCGUCGCAACCCUCCUGUUCAUCGGCGGGUUGGCUCUUGAGACCAUCGCAGAUGAGCAACAGUGGGCAUUCCAGGAGGCAAAGCGAAAGGCCAUUGCGAAGAAGGAGGUCCUCACGGGCGAUUAUAAGCGUGGUUUCUUCACCCAAGGACUGUUCAAGUACUCACGACAUCCCAACUUUUUCGGCGAACUGACUAUCUGGUGGUCCGUUUACCUGUUUUCAAUCGCUUCUGGAUAUCCAACAUAUGUUGCGUGGAUCAACCCUUCGAUCGUCGGCGUCGCCAAUCUGACCCUCCUGUUCCAGGGAUCGACCUGGUUGACAGAGUACUUGACCUUCAAGAAGUAUCCUACCUACAAGCUGUACAAAAAGACUACUUCUCGCUUGAUUCCUCUGCCUGCUGGGACCAGUCUGGACGAGCUCGAGAGAAAGUCGCAGUGAUUUUGUAUUCUAAAAUAUGUAUAUGAAUAAAAAAAAAAACGACAUCGACGUUGUCGACCAGGUUCAUAUCCU